AUGAAAGGAUUUAAUAUAAGAAGUUCAAAAAAAAAGUUUAGUACUUUUAGCAAGAACGGAAAUAAUAAUAAUUAUAAUAAUAAUAAUAAUUAUAAUAAUUAUAAUAAUAAUAAUUCUAAUAGAUAUUAUAAGAAUAAUAAAAAAAAUCGAAGAAACGUUGGUAGUAAUAGUAGAGAGCAAAAUGAUGAAAACAGAUUUGUAGAAAGAUCGUGUGAAGAUAUUUAUGAUUAUAUAAUUAAUAUUUCUUAUAUAUUGAAUGAGAAAUAUGAAAAAUAUUUAAUAUAUGAAAUGAGAGAAGAAAAUAUAAAUAAAGGAAAUAAAGCAUUUCAUCAGAUAAAUUUGGAUAAUACAUGUUAUGAUAUAGAAGAUGAUAUAUGUAUAUUAUUAAAAGUUAUUGAAGAAAUAAAAAAUAAUGAAAUAAAAAUAUUUGAUCAUAGGAAAGGUUCAAAAAUUAUAGAGAAAUUAAUAUAUUAUUGUUUUUUUUUAUUAAAAUAUAAUGAGAAAAAUAUAAAGAAUGAAAAUAUUAGUUUAGAAUGUAUACAAGCAUAUAAUAAUUUAUUAAGAGUAGUUAAUCAAUAUUUUAUAACAUUAACAUUAUCUAAUUAUGGAUCACAUGUUAUACAAAGUUUAUUAUGUUUAUAUCCAUAUUUUAAUAAAUAUGAAUAUUUAUAUAUAGACAAAUUAACUAUGAAAAAUAUAGAAUACAAUAAAAUGUAUGAUUACUUCAAAAAUAUAUGUAACCUUGUGUGUGAUCAUUUAUUUGAAAUUAUUUUUGAUAGAUGUGGCACACAUGUAUUAAGAUCUUUUUUCUAUUCAUUAGGUGGCUAUUUAUAUGUUAAUAUAAGUGAUAUAACAUUUAGAAAAUCUAAAAUAAAUAAAAAUAGAAUUAAAAAUAAAUUAAAUAAUAAAGGUCUUAAUAACAAUAUAAAAAAUAGUGAACUCAAAUAUGUUGAUAAAAAUUUCGAAUCGAAUAUUUUUAAUGAAUAUAUAUAUAAAAUAGUAGAAAUGAUAACAAAUGAAAUUGAAAAGCCUAAUAUAUCUUUGAAGUAUAAAAAUUUGUUAUAUCAAUAUGUAUAUUAUGAUAAUAAUAAUAAAAAUAGUACUGGUAAUAAUAAUAAUAAAAAAAGUAGUGGUAAUAAUAAUAAUAAAAAUAGUACUGGUAAUAAUAAUAAUAAUAAUAAUAAUAAUAGUAAUGAUAACAUUUUAGAUGAAAAUAAUAACAGUGAUUAUAUAUCCAAUGUUUACAAUACACAUAAUAAUAUGAACAAGUCAGAUAAUUUAAAAUAUAUUGUUGAAAGUAAUAGUCAACAUUUUAUUUGCCCUUUAUUAUAUAAUACAUAUUCUGUUCCAGCUCUUGUUAUAUUAUUCGAAUUAUUGAAUGAUAAAAAUAUUGAAUGUUCUUGCUUGAUUAAACAAAUAUUUUUAAUAAAUAAAACGAAAUUAUAUUAUAUAGAAAAAACCAAAGAAAAGCAAAAAGAUGAUAAUGUGUUAUCAUCACAUGUGGAAAGCCCUUUAAAACAGUUAUUGGAUAUUUUAAUAGUAUUAGAUAAUUCAAGCAUAAUGAUUGAGAAAUUAUUAAAAAUAAAAAAUGAAGAAACAUUUUAUAUGUUCAAUAUGUAUAUAUUAAAAAAUGUAAAUAAAUUGAUAUGUGAAAAUAUUUAUUCGAAUAUGGUUUUAUAUAAUUAUUUUACAAAUGAAUAUAUUUCUGAAGAAAUGUUUGAUUUAUUAAUUAAACAUAUACAUAUAGUUGAAUUAAUUAAAAAUAAAAAAUAUAAUAUUUUAAAAUGUCUUUUUUUUUUGGCUCAAUGGUAUAAACGUAAUUGUAAAUAUUUAUUUAAUGAGUUGAUAAAAAAUUUUCAUUUGAAUGAUGAACAUAAAAAGGGAAACAGUAAAAGGUUUAUGUGGAUAUGUAUUUUAUGUAUGUGUGAUUAUAAUGAUUUGCCCUCUAUGCUUAAAGAUGUAUAUAUGAAAAAUGACGAUGAUAAUUGUUCAGAUAUAAAUGAAAAGAACGAAAAAAAUAAAAGAUUGUGUAAUAAUAAUAAUUUGUGUAAAAAUUUAAAUAAUUAUAAUUUUUAUAACCAUCUAAAAAUUGAUAUAAAUGGUUAUUACAUUUUAUUAUAUUUAUUAUCAUUCCCAAAAGAAUCCAUAACAACGUUAACAAAUUCGUUUAAAUAUUUUUGCAAUUUUAUUAAAAUGGUUAAUAUAAAUGAACCCAGUCCAACGGAUGUAGAGAAUUAUCAAAAUUUCUUGGAAAAUUUUUCCAAAAAAAGAGAAGAAGAUAUAUAUUUAGAUUCUUUUAGAAAAGAUGAAGAUAACAUGAAUGGGCAUAAAAAUGUUUUGCAUCAAAAUAUUUUACAUAAUAAUGUCUUACAUAAUAAUGAUAAUAUGAAAAUAAAAAUGAAUAAUAAUAAACCUUUUUUUAGAAAAAAUAUAGAAUUAAGAGGAAAUAUCCUUUUAUAUUUUGCCUGUGAUAAAAAUUUAUCUAUCCUUUGUGAAAAAAUAGUACAUACAUUCAAUUUAUUAAAUGAAAAAUAUUUAAGAAGAUUUAUAUCUUUAUUUAAGAAUCAAUAUGACAAUAUAGCAAAACAUUAUAUUGGAGCUCAUACUAUUGUAACCUUUUUUAAAUUAGGAAAUGACAAUAUAAAAAAAAAUAUACUUGAUAGUCUCAUACAAAAUGAUAUUAAUGUUUAUAAUAAUUAUAUAAAAAAUUUUAUGAAGCUUAAAGAAUAUCAAAAAACUAAAACGAUUACUACUACGAAUAAUAAGAAAUAUCUAAAGGCAAAGAAAUUAUUUCAAGAUAUAUUAAUGUCUAAGGAAAACAUCGAUAAUCAAAAUGAUAUUAAUGAAAUGAAAGAACAUGAUAAAUCUUCUAUAAAAUUGGAAAAAAUACAUAACACAUCCAAAAAUAUUGAUAGUGACGUCAAUAGUAAUGAUAAGGACACUGUUGCAAUUUAUGAUGAUAAUAAUAAUAAUAUAUUAAAAGAAGAUACUAACGAUGAUGAAGAAAAUAAUGAUAAUGAUCAAACGAAUGAUAAUGAGACGAGUUCUAAUAAAUCCUCUUCAAAUGCAGAGGAACAAAUUAUAGACAAGGAAAAUGGUUUUAUGAAUGUAAUCACUGAUUUUAUAAAAAAUACAAAAACAAAAUCUCGAAAAAGGAAAAAAGAAAAGGAUCAAAUAGAAAAUGUAUUAAAAAAAAAAUAUAUAUAA